GGUAUGUUGAGAUUUUUUUGUUCAGAUGCAGGUUUAACUAGGUCAUAGUUGCCUAAGUUGGAGUCUGUGAUGAGAGAGAAGAGAAAGGAAAGAGAUAAGGAGGGAGAAGAGAGAGUAAAGAGAAGGGAGUUAGGAAGAGGAGAGAGGAAGAGGAAGGGAGCAGGGACGAGGCAAAAGAAAAGAGAGAGGGGAGGAGAGGGCAGAAAAGAAGGGGAAGAAGGAUGGGAGCAGGAAGGAAGAAGAGAAAAGAAGAGGAGGAAAGGGUAGGAGGAGGGGAAAAGAAAGGAAGGGGAGGAAAGGGAGAGGAAGAGAAGGGGAAGAGGGGAGGAGGUAGGUUGAAGAGGAGGAAGAAAGAAGAGAAGGGGCGGAGAAAAGGAGACGGGAAGAAAGGAGAGGCCAGGGGAAAAGGGGGAGGAGGAGUGGGCGGAGGAAAGAUAAAGGGGAGGGGAGGAGUCAGCCAAAGAGGAGGAGGCGGAGGAGGAGACAAUCGGAGGAGGGGAGGCCCAGGACCCCAGCGCUGAGGCCGAGGCAGCGACGCCGCCACCGCAGCUAACGCGGCUGCCACUGCCGUCUCGUCGCCUCGUCUCUCGCCUCCACCGGGCGGAGGUGACGCGGUGCCCUCUCGAGCUCCUUCCGGGGCCGGCGCCGCCGCGUCCCCCGGGGGUGGAGGCUUCUCCGCCGCUGAGGCCGAGGCCGGCGUCACCGCCCGCGCUGGCGCCGGGUAUGUAGCGCCGGGGAAGGCGGCCCCGUCAGAGCCCUCGGCUACCGCCGCCGCCGCCGCCGCAGCAGCAGGAGCUCGGCCCGCUCGUCUUUUCUUCUUCUUUGGAGUCAAGAAAACCUGAGUUCAAAUCCGGCCUCAGAUACAUACUGACUUUGUGACCUUGGACUCUGCGCUCCAUCCUCCAUCCACUGCCCUACAUAGCUGCUCCUUGCCCGACACAUAAUAGGGUCUACCAUCAAAGGGAGAUUUCUGCUCCUUAGGCCUGGGAAGCUUCAACUUUCAACCAUACUGAAGCUGCUGGCUUCUGGGGUGCCAACCAGAUGUCUUCCAGUAAAGGAUCUGCGGUGGGUCCGGGCAAUGGGGCACCAGCCAGUAACCGAGAAACCGAUACAGUGGAGCUGGCUGAGCUCGGACCCCUGCUGAUAGAGAAGGGUAAACGAAUGACCCCCAGUUCCACCAAAGUUGAAGAAGAACAAACAUGUCCAGUACCCCAAGAAGAAGAGGAAGAGGUGAGGGUACUGACAUUGCCUCUACAAGCCCACCAUGCCAUGGAGAAGAUGGAGGAGUUUGUAUAUAAGGUAUGGGAAGGACGCUGGCGGGUCAUUCCAUAUGAUGUGCUCCCUGACUGGCUCAAGGAUAAUGACUACCUUCUACAUGGUCACAGACCACCCAUGCCUUCCUUUCGUGCCUGUUUUAAGAGCAUCUUUCGGAUCCACACUGAGACUGGCAAUAUUUGGACCCAUCUGCUUGGUUUUGUGCUGUUUCUCUUUUUGGGAAUCUUGACCAUGCUCAGACCAAAUAUGUACUUCAUGGCCCCUCUGCAGGAGAAAGUGGUUUUUGGGAUGUUUUUUCUGGGUGCUGUGCUCUGCCUCAGCUUCUCCUGGCUCUUUCACACCGUCUAUUGUCAUUCAGAAAAAGUCUCUCGGACAUUUUCCAAAUUGGAUUAUUCAGGGAUUGCUCUACUGAUCAUGGGGAGCUUUGUCCCCUGGCUCUAUUACUCGUUCUACUGCUCUCCACAGCCACGGCUCAUCUACCUCUCCAUUGUCUGUGUCCUGGGCAUCUCUGCCAUCAUUGUAGCCCAGUGGGACCGGUUUGCCACACCCAAACACCGGCAAACAAGAGCAGGUGUGUUCUUGGGACUUGGUUUGAGUGGGGUUGUGCCCACCAUGCACUUCACUAUUGCAGAAGGCUUUGUCAAGGCCACAACAGUGGGCCAGAUGGGGUGGUUCUUUCUCAUGGCUGUGAUGUACAUCACUGGAGCUGGGCUGUAUGCUGCCCGAAUCCCCGAACGCUUCUUUCCUGGCAAAUUUGAUAUAUGGUUCCAGUCACAUCAGAUCUUCCAUGUCCUGGUGGUGGCAGCAGCCUUUGUCCACUUUUAUGGCGUCUCUAACCUUCAGGAAUUCCGUUAUGGCCUUGAAGGCGGCUGCACUGAUGACUCCCUUCUCUGAGCCCACCCACUACAGGGAUGGAGGAGGAGCUUCCCAAGUGCUUUUUAAAAACUAUUUCUUUGCCGAAGCGAAAGGAAGACUUGAGUUGUCUGUUUCUGGAAGAAACCUUAGUAAAAUUCCAUACCAACCGAGCCUCAGCCCACUCUUACACCUUAUGGGCUGUCAACUCUUAAUUUCCAUAGCUAGGACUAGAGGGGAUGGCUUGCCUAGUCAUUCCUCUCCCCCCCUCAGAACAGCAACCACAAUCGCCUCAUAUGGACAGUAUUUUGAAACUCAUCUUGAGAUUCCAUCUUCUACCCUCCUUUCUCCAAUCAUUUUGGAAAUAACUAAAGAACUGGGUCUCUUCAGAAAUUCUAUUUCUGGAAGAAAAUGGUCCCUCAUUCCUACUUUGUAAGCUGGUUUAGAACUGUCCACUCUUUUCAUAGCACACUUUUGAAAACAACCAUAAAUUGGUCCCAACUUUCCAGGGCCUGGAUCUGCAUAUACAGCAGUAGGAACAAAGCCACCCAAUUUUACCAAGCCCGGUUAAUCAUGAAAUGUGUCCAGGCUUCAUCUAACUUGUUUUAAUUCCUCCCUCUCCCUACCGUAUCCUCCCAGCAGAGUAAUGUAAAAUUAAAGUGAAAGAAAAAUAUUUAAUAUUUAAUACUAAGCUUUAAAAGGGAGCCCUGCUAUCAUUGCUGUGUAUUUCAGUGCAAAGACUAUGAUGAUAUAAAGAGGACAUAUGGUAUUUUAGGGGGAGUUUAGGGCCGUUAAAAUCUUCUUGUCUAGGGUUAUCUAAUAAAGAAGUCAUUCCACGCC